UUAUGGUUACUGAGAAAACAAAAAACUAGAGAAUAUUGUACAUAGAGAAGUGGGAUUUAGUGGGACUGCCUUCUUAAUAAACCACCAUGGUAUUUGUCUACAGGUUAUCUGUGGCCUCUUGAGCAUUUCUGGGAAACAUUGUUUCUUCUGUAUUUCCACUGUGAAAUUGAGAAACCACACAAAACAGGUAGUGGUUUCCCCAUCACUAUUAGGCAAGGCUGACUGCCUGAGCUCAGCAAUUAAAGGCAUGCAUGCUCCUUGCUGGAGAAGGAAGACUGACCUUAGUACUAAUGGGACCUCUCUGGUUUUUGCUAGCUGUGCUCCCCUUGCUGCUUGACCUCUAUGUGGGAGAAAGGAUGGUGUCCAUUCAGAAAGGACCUCUUUACCGAGCAAGAGGCACACACAUCACUAUUUGGUGUAAUGUCAGUGGCUAUCAGAUGGAGCAGGAGUUUCAGUGGUUCGUUUAUCUGCUAUCAUCUCCACAGAGAAUGCUACAAAUCAUCAGCACUAGAGACAAAUCCUUCACUUAUUAUGUCUAUUCCAACCGUGUCAAAAGUGGGGAAAUCUACAUUGAAAGGAUCAGGGAAAAUUCUGUUCUCCUGCACAUCACAGAUCUCAAGGAGAAGGAUGCUGGCAAGUAUGAAUGCUACGUACCCAACGAAGAAAACCUUGGGACUUACAGCGCCACAACGAAUCUCUCAGUAAUUCCAGACACAUUCUCUGUCACCAUGAAGACACAGAUUCUCAUGCAAAAUGAAGGAGAUUCUUUAGAUCUCAUUUGCCAAGUAUCGGUGGCAACAGCACAACAUACCCACAUUUCUGUUGCUUGGUAUAUUAUACCAGAAGGAGGGGACAGAUAUGCCCAGAAGAUCCUUUCCCUGUCCAAAGACGGUGUUGUGCUUCCAGGUCCUUCCUACAUUGAGAGGUUCAUCUCAGGAGACAUCAGCAUAGUGAAAAUUGGAGGCACUGAAUAUAAAUUUUCCUAUGUCAAACUUCAGCAUUCAGAUCAAGGGGAAGUAUACUGUGAAGCAGUGGAGUGGAUUCAAGAUCCUGAUGGAACUUGGAAAGAUAUUGUCCAGAAAGAGACAAGUAGAACAUCACUGACCAUUAAACGCUUAGGUAAAAAAAUGAAUAUGAAUAACUCUGCUGUGAUUGACUCAUCUCUGUAUGGAAGAUGCAGAGUUCAUCACCAAGAUGAGCCAGCAAAGUUGAGCCUCAAAUUUAAUGGCACAUUCCAGGACAGCAGAUGGGCAGAGCCUUUCACUCCUCAGCAGAGAAAGCUAAACAGAGUUGAAUCCCUGAGUAGCAGGUUUCUUGACACUUGGCAGAUUCAGUACCAACAGCUAGCUGCUGCAGUCCUAUACCCUUUGCUAAACCAUGCUUGUGUCACAUUAGAAAAUGUGAACAAAAAGCAAAUGGGGCAAUUUAAAAAAGAAAAGGACAAUUGCCAAAAAUGA